AUGGGACAAGACCGCCCAGACAGAGGGACGCAGAGCCCUUCUCCCGCCGUGGCUGCCGAGCCUCGGAGAGCUGCAGGAGGAGGGCGGCCUCGGGUCCUGAGGCUGCCAAGUGUGGUCAGUGCCCCCUGCGUACCGGCUCCCACGAGUGAACACCGACGGCCCCGGGUGAGGCGUGAGCGUGAGGACGACAGACCAGGCCGGAGUGGGGAGCUGCGCCCACGGCCCUCCCCCAGCCCUGCAGAGACACCGCCCCCGCCCACGGCCCCGCCCCAGCCCUGCAGAGACACACCCGCCCACGGCCCCGCCCCCAGCCCUGCAGGGACACCGCCCCCGCCCACGGCCCCGCCCCCAGCCCUGCAGGGACACCGCCCCCCGCCCACGGCCCCGCCCCCAGCCCUGCAGAGACACCGCCCCCGCCCACGGCCCCGCCCCCAGCCCUGCAGGGACACCGCCCCCGCCCACGGCCCCGCCCCCAGCCCUGCAGGGACACCGCCCCCGCCCACGGCCCCGCCCCCAGCCCUGCAGAGACACCGCCCCCCGCCCACGGCCCCGCCCCCAGCCCUGCAGAGACACCGCCCCCGCCCACGGCCCCGCCCCCAGCCCUGCAGGGACACCGCCCCCGCCCACGGCCCCGCCCCCAGCCCUGCAGGGACACCGCCCCCGCCCACGGCCCCGCCCCCAGCCCUGCAGGGACACCGCCCCCGCCCACGGCCCCGCCCCCAGCCCUGCAGAGACACCGCCCCCGCCCACGGCCCCGCCCCCAACCCUGCAGAGACACCGCCCCCGCCCACGGCCCCGCCCCCAGCCCUGCAGGGACACCGCCCCCGCCCACGGCCCCGCCCCCAGCCCUGCAGAGACUCCGCCCAGAGUCCCGCCCACACCCCCAAGUCGGAAGGGCGACCACCUACUUGA